UAAACAAACACAUAAAUUAAUUUUACGCCAAUUUCGUAGAAAAGAAAGAAACGAACCUAAAAUACACCAAAACCAAUUGUUUCCUUGUAGUUGUAGGUUCCUCUUCUUCUCCUCAUCUCUUAUACACAAAAGAGAUCAAACCAAACCCAAAAUAAGCCUUUGAUUGCAGACAAUUCAGAAAGCAGACGAAGAAAAGCCGCGUUCAACUCAUCAACGCCGGCCACCCUCGCCAGCGAAUUUAUCUGUGAUCUUUUGUUUUAUUUGAUAACAGCAAUUCCUUUGAUCAAUCGACAUCUUUCCGGCUCGAUUCGCGAGUAACCCACCACCACUUAGUACUCAUGGCCACCACCGGGAACAAGAACAUCAACGCUAAAUUGGUUCUCCUUGGCGACCCUGGUGCUGGAAAAUCUAGUCUCGUUCUGCGAUUUGUCAAAGGGCAGUUUGUUGAGUUUCAGGAAUCAACAAUUGGUGCUGCCUUCUUUUCACAAACAUUGGCUGUGAAUGAUGCUACUGUGAAGUUUGAGAUAUGGGACACAGCAGGUCAAGAGAGAUACCACAGCCUUGCACCCAUGUACUAUCGGGGAGCUGCAGCAGCAAUUAUUGUGUAUGACAUUACGAAUCCGGCCUCAUUUGAUCGGGCAAAGAAAUGGGUGCUAGAACUUCAAGCACAAGGUAAUCCAAAUAUGGUUAUGGCUCUGGCUGGGAACAAGGCUGAUUUGCUUGAUGAUAGGAAGGUGGCAGCUGAGGCAAGUGAGGCACAAGUCUACGCUCAGGAGAAUGGCCUUUUCUUUAUGGAAACCUCAGCAAAAACUGCAACGAAUGUCAACGACAUUUUCCAUGAAAUAGCGAAAAGACUACCACGAGUUCAGCCUUCACAGAACCCCGCUGGGAUGGUUCUCACGGAUAGACCCGCUGAAAGGGCAGCUAGUGCGACCUGCUGUUCAUAAAAUGCUGAUGUUUCAGUUUCUCCAAUAUGUACCUUCUGAGUGGCUAAUCUUCUGGUAGUGAAUGCUGAAUCGUAUUGUAAUCCCAUUGAUUGAUCGGUUGGAUGGCGUGUGCUAAGACGUGUACAUGAAUGCUUGAUUUGGAAACUCGGUGAAAGAACAGAAUCAGAGUGAUUCUGGUGUUUGCUUUAUCUGUUUAGUAUCCGUUAAAGUACACAUGGGUAUCCCGGACAAAAUGCGAAGACCAUUGUAAUUCCCCCCUUUUUCUUUUUGUUAUAUACUUCUAUUGCCUGGGUUGCUGAUUGUGAGUCUCCGACGACGUCCGUGCUCGUCCUGUUUACGCUGUUAUAUCAUAAAUAAUAAUGUGAGCCGGAUGCAAAUAUUCAAUAGCCCC